AUGAAUUUAUGCAUCCUUCUACUAACUGUUUCAAUUCUCUUUUUCGCUAAUGUAAACUGUAGAAGACAUUCGGCAACCCCGACAGAGAUAUGUAAUUUACCACUAAAUAUAGGACGCGGGCUUGAGAAAAAAUCACGAUACUAUUAUAAUAAAGCUACUAACCAGUGCAGUGCAUUUGCUUACAAAGGAUUGAGCGGAAAUGCUAACAGAUUUCGUACUAAGGAUGAAUGCGAACGCAUGUGUGUAAAACCAAACUUAUCGAGAGUUCCGUCCAAUGGGGAUAGAAGACCAACACUGCCAGUUAGAUAUCCAGCUGAUAGACGACCAAUACAAAAUGACCGUGAUUAUGAUAACAGGUAUCCAACUAGAGCACCAUCGAGAGAAAGAACACGUGAACCAACCACUAGAAUAGUUUACAUUACUAG